AUGUCGGCCAAGAUGACCGACUCGCCCAAGCAAGUGCCACCUUUGGCACUGCUACCGAGGAGCUCUUUUAUGGAUCGCUUCAGGCACUUUGUGCAUCAGUUUGCUGACUACCCUGCGCUUGCACAGAAGAACCUGACCAUCGAGGAUGACAAGAAGAGAAGCGCCCCACCCCGGCCUGCCCCCAACCGCAGUGCUACCGACCAGCGCCAGCACCGCCCCAGCCGCUCUCAGGAAGAGCGCGACAGGAUGCGUGCAGACAGUCGGGGGACUCCUCGAGCACGCGGCCCCCCAGGAUCCUCUCGUCCACCGCCACGCGCAGGCAGCCGCGAGCGCCGAGAGAGACGUCCGCGACGCAACUCGGAAUCAUCCAUUAUCGACAAGGGCUCGCUAGACCCCGACGAGGAGCGCCGCCGCAGACAGCGCCGUAGGGAGCGAGACGAGCGCGCCAAAGACGGCAAAUCUUCGACCACGAAGAAAGUCCGCCGCCCGCAGGGACUCGAUCUGAUUGACAAGCUCGAUGUGACUGGUAUCUACGGUCCGAGCAUGAUCCACCACGACGGCCCUUACGACGCCGUACAGCCCCACCGCAACCGUCAAGAAGGGACGCCCGCGCCCCCAUGGAGGCUUUUCCCGGUCGGUUCCGCCAACAACUCGCUCGGCGGCUCAGGACCCCUGAACUCCAAGAUCGACCUCGACCGCAUCCACGGCAGAGGAGCGGAGGGUUUCACCGAUUUCGGCAGCCAUGAGGUUGAGUUCAAGAAGCCGCGAGUCGAGGCCGAGUUCAGCGUUAAGGGCCGCUCUGACAUCAUCCACGGAGAGCCAACACACGGUCUUGAAGGCGCACCAGCAUCACGCAAGGCUGUCCAGGAAGACAUGGAGGCUCAGAGGCAGGCGGAGGCUAGCGGCUUGGGACGCAAGAAAUCCAUUGCGCAGCGCUUCCGCGGAAUUUCGCAGCCCCGACGAGCAUAUGCCGGAGAAGGGCGCAUCACGUCACCCGAGGCUCGCUUUGGCACCGCGACAAGCCCGAAUGGCCCCUACAGUGCCGGAGCCCUGUCACAGUCGAAAGCUACCGAGGCAAACCCGUUCUUCGAUGAGUACAACCAGGCCUACGACUCCAAGGGUGCUUCCAUCAAAGCUACCGAGGGCAACGGACAGUCACCGCCUGGCCGCAACGCCCUACAGCGAUCUGUCACCGCCGACAGUGUAGGCUCCCCGACCAACCCGGCCAACUCUACCAACGAAAGCAAGCCUAGCAACGGCUUCCUCAACAGAGUCAAGAGCUUGAAGGGAGGUCGCAGACGUCCUGCUUGA